AUGACCAGCUACAAUACUGUGCGCUCCGUUAAGGAGCUACUUCAGUCCCACAAGUCCUCCCCGCCCUCAUUUACCGUGAAGCUAUACCCCGACUAUUGGAUUUUGAACAAUGGGUCCAAAUGCCUGUACAACAACCCUGUAGCGUCCCUAUUGGACGACAUCCGCGCGCAACGAAUACCCGUGGACUUCCUCGAGGCAUUUGAUGCCGCGAACGUCCCGUUCUAUGAUGGUUGCAUGAUCGUGGAAUUGCAGGAUUUCCGGUCGCCGAAGGCGACGGACGCAACUCUGGACGAGCCAGACAGGAGCCGCGUCGUGCUCUCGCCGAAUAUGGAGACACUCUGGGCGGAUAUCUGCCUUUUGAACCAGAAGUCGGGGAAGGCCUGGACGGACCAGCAGUCCCUUGAGGUAGAAGCACGCAUACUGCUGGCUACGUCCCCGCCGUUGUGCUUAGACCCGGAUCCGCAUUUGGCUCGUAUUGCAAACAAUGUUCACAGAGCAUCUGUACCACCACAACCGCGGGCCUUGAAGCGGAAGGCUGCAGCGGUGGAACAGGAAGACGAGGAGGUCGAGAGGGCACGCCGUGCGAAACUUGCGCAGUACAUGAACCCCAAGUUUGCAAGACCAGCCGUGACCGCUCCAAACUUCCAAAGAUUGGACAUAAUGCAGAAGUUCAGGCAGAACAAGCUGAAAUCUGCAACGAAUCCGUCGCAACCGUCACAGGGGCCUGCACAACCCUCUGGUCCCAUAGCGCUUCAGUAUCAGAUAGGGGUUCCUGUCGCACCAGCGCCUGUGGCGACUGCCGCGCCUGUACAACCGCAAUACCCUCCUGUUACAGCCGUCCCUACAGCAGUGUCAGCAGGUACCGCUACUCCUGCGCCCCCAUCUACACCAGCCCCCACUAUUAUCGCCGUACCUCACGCGGCACCAGGGACUGGUGUCCAGAGGAAUGGACAAAACCCAACUGGACAGUCGCCAGUACUCUCCCGCACCUCUGCGACGCCUGGUGUCCCGCACGCUCCUUUACCCAUACCGCACCACUUGCAACCUCGUCAUCCCGCACAGAACGGCCUCCAGACGCCAGCUAGAUUUUCUCAGUCGCCCCAUUCACCGUCCAACACCGGCUCCGCUGCUGCCUCUAGUCCUCCUAAACCGGACACUCGACCGUCUUCCACGGUCCAGUCUUUUCAUGCUCAGCAGCCAACUCAACCUGCACAAGUACCGGCGCAAGCCGCCGUCGCCAACGCACAGCAGGCGCACCCGACUGUGACCUUCCAGCCACAAGUGCCGGUGGCGAAUUUUGCAACGCAAGCUGCUAUAAGGCAGAAGAGGCAACCACAGGCGGGCGCUCCGGCGAACGGCGCUCCGGCUUCGACAUACCCGCAAGCGGGACAGGCUAUACCUCUCCAAGCGCAAGCCCAGAAUCCUGCGUACUUCUACCAAUACGCACACCUCCAGCAGCAGCAACGGCAGAACGCAGCCCAGCAACAACUCGGCCAGAUACAAGCCGCGAACCCGUCGCCUGCGGCGCGCAGCCCUGCGGCGGUUGCACCACCCGGGGCCACGCAACAGCGUAGCAGCCCACUUGCAUCGACGCAGCGGCUAACAUCGCGCUCACCGAUGCCGCCCACCGUGUCCCAGGCGCAAACCGUGCACAACCCACAGCAGCCAUACAACUACCCCGCGUUGCAAACCCAGUUCAACUCUUCACCCCUGCACGUCCACGGCCAUCCGCCAAUAAUGCCGCCGCAGCUGCCUAAUACUGGACCGCAGGCUGGUGCUACUGGCGCGCAACAGCAGGGGCAGAUGGCAUCGCAAGACCAGGCGCAGGCCGUGCAUAUGGUGCCCCCACAUUACCAGAUGUAUUAUCAAAUGCAGCAUGGGCGCAUGCCUCCCGUGGGAUACUGGCCCACCAUGGGCAUGGGACGCGGCACGCCUGUCGCGAAUGGGCAGCACCAGACUCCUGCCAUAGCUGGACACCCGCAGCAGAUGCAGAUGGGAGCAAACAAGACGGGCGGCGUGCAGGGCUCAUGA